UACGAUUAUUCAACUAUCGAUGAUGUUCCAGCAGUGCCUGAUGCAGAAUGCUGGACAACAGUAUGGCGGCCCAGGCGGCAACGGCAGCACCUCCCUACAGCACCACCACCAACAACAGCACCAACAGCAACAAGCAAAUGCUGCAGCAGCAGCACAGUACAAUCAACAGGACCAGGGGUCAAAUGUAGGCAGUGUAACAACCUCACUCCGGCAAUUCCGCAAAGAAAAGCAAGCUCUGCAAGACGGCAACACGUCCGUGAUAAACGAAAACCAGCAUGUAGCCAGAGUAGCACCCCACAAUCACUACCCCUCAUUGUCCAGACCGUCUGACUGCUAUAGAUAUCCCGCACAAUAUCAGGAUUACAGGUAGGUAAUGUGAUUCCCAUCAAAUGUAUACAGGGUUAUCCAAAUUAAGUGU